GUUUGUGGCGGUGUUUUUUUUCCCGCGCGUUUCCAACGGUCGCUUUUUGAAAAAAACGGGUUUUUUUUACCUCAGCUUUUGUUUUGUGAGAGCGGCCUGUGUUUCCGCCUUUAAUGGGCGACCUUAGGAAGAAUUAGGAUCAGGGCAAAGGGGGAAAGGCGUUCUUAAAGCCUCUCAGGGACAUUUAAAACCAUAUUAACACAAGGAGCACUACCAGAGGAAUGUCAUCCUGUUCUCCUCUGUUAAGGAACACCACCAGAAGAAUGUCACUGACAUUGAGAGUUAGUCAUUAACAUUUAGGGACAAAACUGACCUGCAGUCACACACGCACACGUCAUAAUAUGUUAAUUACUAUUAUUUAUUAAUUGCUAAUACCCUAGUUUUAUUAUAAUUGGUCUCUUCUCAUCCUCCACCUUUUAAAAAAGUCCAUUAUGUCCUGGAGAAAGCCAUUGUUAUUAGCCUUCUUGGUUGCCUCUCUUUACUUUGUUUCAGGCAGUAGAAUAAGAGAUCAGGCUACGUUUGAACUACCUGAUGAGUUUGAGGAUGAUGAACCUAUGGAGAAGGGACAGUUUCAGCCUGAUAUUACCGUCCUGCGAAAGGGAUCAGUGGCGCCAGAGGGAUCAUAUAUGUCCCGGGCUAUUGAAGAUUCUAACAAAGUGCUGUCAUCGAUCCUACGUGAUCCACAGGCUUUAAGAAUUAUACAGGAACGCCUUGCACAGAAGAAAAUGAAACGUUGGGCACAUUACAAAACAAAAGGAAAAACUUUCAAGAAAGGAAGGGCAAGAUUUGUAAGAGAUGUGGGAAAAGCAGCAAAGCUGCGUCUGCUGGACAAACAUGUAUCCGUUUUCAAAAAGCUCAGGAAAAGGCGUGCAUGUAUGACAAAGUUGCAGAAUGGUGGAGAUACAACUGAGAGAUUUCUAGCACAGGAGGGGAAACACAGGUGUGCCAGAAGUUCAGAUGUUGGUGAUAAGGAAACAGAAACGCACACCAACUUGAGAUCUUCCAAAGGCAGCCAAAGGGGAAAAGCUGAGGGGGAUGAAAAUGAUUCAGUUGCCAUCUUUGAGAAAAAACAAGUGCUAAAGGAAAGAAGGAAGAGAGCAAUAUCCGCUGAGAAAUCAGAUUUUCUUUCUCCAAAUCCCUCUCAAAGUUAUUAUUCCCCAACCACCACAGCCCAGAGAGCAUCCCUGAAAAGACGAAAGAGAAGCAUUUCACUUUUGCUCACAAAAGAUAAACAUUUGGAUAAAGCAUUGCUGGGCAACUUGUUAAAAACACAGGAAGAGGGCAGCAGAGAGAACACUCAAACGGGAACACAUCGAAAUAAAAGAGAAGCAAAAAAGCUGUCUAUCCAAAUGAUACAUCUUACACUGACAGCUUUAAAAACUCAAGAGAAAUUGUCGACAAUGGUAGAUUAUCUAUCAGAUCCAUCCAAUAACAUGUCAGAAGAAGAAAAGUAUAACUACACCCAGGAACUCCUCAGCGAACUCAGUGCAUUUGUUAAGCUGUUGCAGCAGCAAGUCACAGAGCAGUCCCAACAGAACAUAACAGAAUUUAUUACCUCUCCUACUCCUCAAACUUAAGAUACAUCUGUAAUAUUGCUGAAUAUCAGUUAGAAAAAGAGUGAAGAUUGCAGGAUGCCUUGUUUAGAAAUCAGUUGCUACUUUGUCUAAUUAAAAACUCUGUCCUUGCAUCAUUCAACAAGAAUAUUUUGUAACUUUUGUAGCUUAAUUGUGUAAUACAAGCAGUUUUUAAAGCAGUGCUCAUGACACAAUGUUGUUUAGUAGUUGUUACAGAAGUCUCUAAACAUACCAUAUGUACACAAAAGGCAAACAGUGAAGGGGAAACAAAGUAAUUUCUGAUAAAUUAUAUUUUUCUGGACAGUGCUGCAUGCAAAUACAAACAACAGUCAGAGAAGGAUACGUAUAACAAUUUUUAAAAGAGUUUUUUUUUCUCCAACUACUCAAACUUUUUUGAUCUUGUGCCAAUCACUGGACAAGUCAUCCAGUAAAGCAUAAAUGCUAAGUGAUAAUAUUUUUAUUUUAUUCCAGUUUUGACCAAUUUCACUUUGUAAGAGGACAGGAUUCUUAAACCGGACAAAUGCAAUACUUUUGAAAGAUGACAAAAGUGUGAUGAUUCUGCAAUGUUGAUUAAUGAGCCUUGAUGCAAACCACCUUUGACUCACUAAAAAGAAAAAGCAGUCUCCGUGCUUAAGAGGAAAAAUAAUUCUUCUUUCCUACUUAUAAUGUAAACCAUUCUAAGGACUUCAAGAUGAGAGUUUGUGUAAUUUUAAGAAUUGCAGGCUCAGUUUGGCUUUGGAAGAGUUACCAUACUAAUAUAUUAAAAACAGGAAAUGAUAAUAAACAUACCUUUCUUAUUCAAA